CCUCCCCAGUGGCUGCCUGGCGGUCAAAGCCACGCCAGUGUUGUGCGCUCGUGCUCGUGUGAAGGUGGGACGCAAUACCUCUCUCGGCUUGGACCGCUGCUGGAUACUAACAACGUCUUGUGCCGGCUUUUAAAAUUUCGAUCCACUGAUCUCUCUCUCUCUCUUGAUUUUUUGCAAGGCUUUGUGCUUUCGUUGGAAGAAGGAAAAUAAUUAAUGAUAAUCUGUAUAUAACGAAAGAGGAAAACAAAUAUAAGUGCAUUAGAUGCUUUCGAAGUGAUGGAAGUGACGGCUUUACUCUCUCAUAGAUGUGCAUAUUGAUCAGAAUUGCUUCAUUAACGAGAUUGUGCGUAUUGCGUGUGUUGCUGCGAGUACGUGGUCAAAGUGUGGGUUUGUUGCGGCAGUGAUGAAGCAGUGUUGCGGAGAAGCAGCAGCAUCUCAGCACUCGCAGGGAAUCUGACAAUCAACGCUUUCAAGCACGUCAUUAUCUUCUUAAUAUGGUUGUGCAUGCAGGAUGGUGCACGUAAGGUGUAAGUGGGACCGGGGUUGAGUUGACCACAUUGCAGCAUACACACACACGCCGCCCUCUCUCCCUCUUCUCUUCUCUUGCUCAUCCUGAAAACACAGUAGACACGAUGUACAAUUCAGGCCACCACCACCACCACCACAAGCAAGGAGCACCAGUCUCACCAGAUAGCGCCGCAGCAGCAGACGUUUUUGAGCAGCUCUGCACCGCCUCCACCUUUAAGUCAGUUCUCUACCACUACCGCCUCUUGUGCGAUGUCCUCAGGCUCAAACCCACCAACUUCAGAAACUUCUAUCCCAAGCUUAAGUCAAAACUCCGGUCUUGGAAAGCACAAGCAAUAUGGAGUAAAUUUGAUAAACGGUCUAGUCAUAAAUGCUACAAUCAUGGCAAGGCCUGCACUAACAGUAAGGUCCUGAUUAUAGGAGCAGGUCCCUGUGGCUUGCGCACUGCCAUUGAGGCUCAACUUCUUGGUGCAAAAGUUGUGGUGGUGGAGAAGAGGGACCGCUUCUCUCGAAAUAAUGUCUUGCAUCUCUGGCCUUUUGUCAUCAAUGACCUCAAGCAGUUGGGGGCUAAGAAAUUCUAUGGCAAAUUCUGCGCGGGAGCAAUCGAUCACAUCAGUAUACGGCAACUUCAAUGUAUACUGUUGAAGGUAGCAUUGCUGUUAGGUGUUGAAAUUUAUGAAAAUGUUAGCUUUGAAGAGCUCACAGAACCUCCUGAGGACCAGAAUGAAAAAAUUGGAUGGCGAGCCAGACUCAGCCCGCCAGACCAUCCUGCCAAUCAGUAUGAAUUUGAUGUCCUCAUUGGUGCAGAUGGCAAAAGGAAUACAUUACAUGGAUUCAAGAGAAAGGAAUUUCGUGGCAAAUUGGCCAUUGCUAUUACAGCAAAUUUCAUCAACAAACGCACAGAACUCGAGGCUAGAGUGCAGGAAAUCAGCGGAGUGGCUUUCAUCUUUAAUCAGAAAUUCUUCAAGGAACUAUAUGCAGCUACUGGCAUUGACCUUGAGAACAUUGUGUACUACAAAGAUGAAACACACUAUUUUGUGAUGACAGCAAAGAAACAGUCACUUAUUGAAAAAGGAGUAAUUUUACGCGAUCUUCAAGACACUCAACAGCUUUUACAUCCAAGCAACGUAGACCGGAAUGCUCUCAUGGAAUAUGCCCGUGAAGCGGCAGACUUUUCCACAAGCUACCAGCUGCCACAUCUGGAUUUUGCUGUGAAUCACUAUGGCAAGCCUGAUGUGGCAAUGUUUGACUUCACAUCCAUGUUCGCAGCAGAAAAUGCUUGCAGGAUGGUGGAAAAGAGAGGACAUAAGCUCCUCUCCGGGCUUGUAGGAGACAGCUUGCUAGAGCCUUUCUGGCCAACUGGGUCAGGUUGUGCUCGAGGCUUUCUAAGCAGUUUCGACGCUUGCUGGAUGAUUCGCUCAUUUUCAUCGGGGAAAAUGAUGCCUUUAGAGGUGCUUGCAGAGAGAGAGAGCAUUUAUCGGCUUCUUGCACAGACUACUCCCGAAAAUCUCAGUAAAGAUCACUCUUCAUAUAGCUUGGAUCCAGCAUCAAGAUACCCAACAAUUAACCUGCGCGCGGUGCUUCCCUUCCAAGUGCGCUCUCUGUUCAACACUGACGACCCUGUUCAUUUGGAGGAGAUAACGAACCCGCAUCUGGUCAAUAAUGAUGAGUUGCCGAAGAAGAGGAAACGUAGAGUAAAGGAUUCAUUUAUACAUCCUGAUACCUUACUCAUUUGGUGCAAGAAACAGGUGGCGCUUUAUGACACUGUCAGUAUUGAAAAUAUGACCACCUCCUUUAAGGAUGGUCGGGCUUUGUGUGCUAUUAUUCAUCGCUACCGUCCUGACUUGAUUGAUUUUGAGGCUCUGCGACCUGAGGAUAUUGCUCAAAAUAAUCAGCUAGCAUAUGAUAUCUUGGAGAGGGAUUUUGGCAUCCCACCAGUAAUGACUGGACGAGAGAUGGCAGAGUGUGAGAUUCCAGACAAAUUAAGCAUGAUUUCAUAUGUCUCUCAAAUCUAUGAUGUCUUCCGAGGGGAAAUUCCCCACAUAAAACAUCCAAAAAUGGAUGAUGGAGAGAUGGAAAUUGAACAAUCCCACAUCCAACACAGCACACGUCAUGUCAAUAUUUUGAAAAAUCUCACAAACAAAACAGCCAAUGUGUCUCAGGGUACACCAACCUCUAAGAAGAGAUCAACAUUAGAGAGAGGAACUCCUAAAAGAGAUGAUGGUCGCAUCACGUGUCGCCUGGUGGAGGAUGCAGGUGGCCAAGGUGGGAAGUCAGACACACUCAAGAAGACAAAGAAACGAAGGAGUGAUAGGGUUGUAUCUCCACAGGAGAGACAGGGGCGUGAGGAGCCACAGAGGAAACCCUUAGUGGACCACAAAGAAGAAUUCUCUGACAAGGUCAGAGAUCUUGAAGCCAAAUUUACUGCCAACUCUUCUUCUCAUGCCUCUGAUAAAAAGCCAAAGGACCUGAUUCGUGCCAUUGGUAAGAUUGAGAAGUCUGACUGGAAUAUGGUGGCUAUAGAGAAGAAGAUGCAUGAAGAUAAAUUUGGCAUGGAAUUACAAAAAGAAAGAGAAAGAGUUCCCAAGUGGAACAGAGAUGCAUACGAUGACAAGGCUGACAAGUUCCAAAAUAUUGAGAGGCGACUAAGAGAAAAUGGUGAAGAUGAAGAGACAAUUGCCAAAUACAGGGAUAUUGAUGCCUCUCUGAAGCGCUUAGAAAUGAAGUUGCGUGAAGGAUCCACACUCGAAACAGGCCUACGUGGACAGAAUAAGGUGUCUAACCUAGCAUCUCAGCUGUCUUCCAAGUGGGAAAGGAAGGAGACAGAGAAGAUUCCAAUUACCCGACAACCGUCAAGACCAAUGGUGCCCUUGCCAACUUCUGGAUCUGAUUUGUGCCACUUCUGCGGUAACCGUGUGUAUCUUGUGGAGAGGUUGAGUGCUGAGGGAAAGUUCUUCCAUAGACAGUGCUUUAAGUGCGACUACUGUGCUGCUAAUCUUCGUCUCGGUAAUUAUAUAUAUGACCGCGAGGGGACUUACGGAGGCAAGUUCUUCUGCAUCCCCCACUUUGGUCUAACCUCAAGAGCCAGAGGUGUAAGGCGCAAGGUUGAGGACACAGACAGUGCCAAAGAAAAUAUUGUACCACCUGCUGCUUCAAGCACACCACAACCUAAGGUUCAGGUACCGGUAAUUGGUGGUGGUGGCGGUGCAACAGCUGCUCUCCUGACUGUUACGGGAGGAGCCAAAGUGGGCACCCCCACCACCAUCUCCCCGGAGGACCGAGGGACCACACCAGAACGGGUUGAAUUUGAGAAUUCCGUGGUUGAGCAAAGUGAUGAGGAAGAGUACCUCUCUGAGGACGAGUGGACCGACAGGAACUUUGGGGCUUCAGCAAAUGAGUUGGAUGACACGGAUGGAGACGAGGAUAGUGACUAUUCUGAUUUAAGUGAUGAAGAGGCUGAAGAUGAAGAAAUGGAAUUCAUUGAGGGUGGUGGCACUCUGACAGCUGCUGAAACUCGUAGACUUGCUGAAUCUUGGCAGAGACGUUACUCAACAGACCGCCUUGAUGAUGAUGAUGGUGUAUCAGGUCAUGAGACAGAGUCUGAUUUAGAAUCUGAUAAUUACAGUGAGGAAUAUGGAGCUGAAGGUGAUGAAAGUCAUACAGCAACAGAAGGUGAAGGUGGUGAUGAUGACGAUGAAGAUGAUGAUGGAGAGGCAGUUAAACGUGCGCGUGAACUUCGCCGCAUGGAGGUUAACAUUGAUGUAACCGCACCACCAAGAAAGGCUGAAACAUCAGAUAGUGGAUCUGAUACAGAGGUUGCAUCUGAUGAGGAGAGUGAGGAAAGUGAUACCCAGAUUGACACAGAUUCUGAGUUUGCUGAAGACCAUGUACAGCCAGGACCCCCGAAGGAGAUUCCAACCAUUGUCAUCGAUGAGUCACAAGACACUCACCACUUAAGCCACAGCCCUGAGCCACAGAAUAAAAAAUCACCGGCAAGACCAACUCCAGAUAAGAAAGGUGAACCCAGAAGUGACCUUGUUGCACAGAAGGUUGACCUUGGGAAGAUAGAAAGCCAAGCCAAGAAUUCCAAUGACAAAGACUGGUCUCCAGAAGGGGGUGAAAAGAGUGCCAGCCUGACAAAUCUGAAUAAUGCUGGCAAAAUUGACCUACAUGCUGAGCAGCUAAAGAGGCUUCUGCAAAGGACAGAGUCCACAGAGGCAAUUGCUGCCAAGAGAGCCCUGCAGCUGAAGCGUCAGUACCUCUUGGGGGAGUCUGCAAACUUGCCUAGGAAAUCAGUGUCAACAGCAGACUUAGGCAAUAGGUUUAAGAGCUUCAUGGAAAAGAUCUCAGAAACUCAGAAGAUGCUGAAUCCAGCCCCACAGCCUAGUGCAGCUAUGCAAGCAUUCAUGAGCACCUCUGUGCCAGCCACCAGAUCUCCCAUUUCAUCCCCAUCAUCCCCACAUUUACCUGCACGGUCCAUUUCUCUGCCUCAGGGUGAUGCAUCUUCAGACUCGACUAAUGCUGACAAGAAUUCAACUGAAACUGUGUCCACUACAAGCAAAGAUGUCACCUUAGACAUUACCACACGUGUUGAAUCCUCAGUGUAUCCAGUAGAAGCUUCAAAUAAUGAAAAAAUAGAGGAUGGUGAUGACAAGUUAAAAAGCUUCCCCUUGACUCUAGGAUCAGAGAGUGAUAAGAGUAAGGGAGCUGUUUCUGCACCAGAGAAAAGCUUCAGUGCUGUGCCUGUGCAAGUCAGCAGUAGUGAGUCAAGCAGCAGUUCAUCAAGUGAGAGUGAAUCAGAUUAUGAUAAUGUGCCUUCAGGUCAUAAAAAGUCAUUUGUCCAUAAAAUACCAUCAACAAUCGAUAUGCGGGAAGAGAAGUUGUUAGCUGCAAAGAAUGAUAAUGUGAGGACAUCUGAUGGUAAUAGUGAUGAUGCCAAAGCCAAGCCUGCAGUAUCUAAAGAAGGUGCCGAUGCUCAGCCACAACCUAGCUGUGAUAAAAAAAUAGCAGAUGAUUGCAUGGAAGUAUGUGCAUCGGAUGGCGAUGACUUUGGCUUAUCAAAGCCAGGGCAAAGUGAAAGUGAAGGGAUUGAAACCAUUAAUCAGGAGUUAGUAAGAGUGAAUGCUCCACGGUCUCUAGAUCAGAUGCAAGUUGAGUGCGCAAGCCUUGUUAAGGAGGAAGCACAACCAGUGGUGAAACAAAGUGAUUUGGUUGAAUCUCAGAAGGUCGAUGAGUCACAGAAAUCAAUUGAUGAACUUUUUGAUCAGCUUGCUAAUGAUGCAGUUGAAGACAUUGAAAGAUUUUCAGAAUUGGUUGAGUCACCUGAGGUGAAAGUGAGUGGAGUUUUGCAUAAGGAACAAGCUCAUGUAGAAGAUAAUGCAGUCAAAUAUAGUGAUAGAAAAGUAAGUGAGAGUACAAGUUCAGAACAGAGUUUAUUGGCAAAGGUUGUUGCUGAAAAAUCUGCAGAACCCACAGAUAUUGGCAAAACACGUGAGCACAGCCAAGAGGAAGUUAAAAGUGAACCAAUGGUAGUUGAACCCUGUGUUGAGAUUGUAAUUGAAGAGUGUAAAAAAACUAAAGACAUUGAAAUGGUGGAAGAAAAACUUUCACCCAGAAGUUUGUUAGAUGCUGAUGUGUCAGAGAGUAAGUGUUCCCUGAAGAGCUCAAUAGAGGAUGAUGAAGGGUCUGAAAGUAAAAGGUCUCAUAAGAGUACACUAGAUGAGGAUAUCUCUGAGAGCAAAAGAUCCCUGAAGAAAGAUGUCCUGUCGAGCCCAGAGGGAAAGGAACUCACAGAAGCUGAGCUCUCUGACUGGGCUGGAGACAAUGAUGGUUUUAGUGCAGGAGAAGACCUAGAGAUUGAGGUUAACCAGACAAGCCGACUCUCUGUCAAGAAAGGUACUUCCAAGACCAUAGCCCGGAUAGCCUCAGAGGAGAGCCUUGGGGACACAGAUUCAGCCAUUUCCACCGGCCCAAGCAAGACUGCCUCAGUGCCUUCAAAACCGAGUGUUCUGGCUGACCUGGAAGGGAUUGAGUAUAUGGACACAGGCGGUGAAAGUGCCAGCAGUCCCGAGGAGGUCUCGCACAUCAAAGAAGGCUACACCAAGCUAGGAGCUGAGACUCCCACAACUCCUGUUGCGCCACAGAUUUCCAUGGUUGGCACGGAGAAUUUAUCUGGCUGUGAUAGCAAGUCCUCUGACAGCACAAGUACUGAAUUAGAGGACUCAUCCCAGAGUAGUGUUCAGGAAGCACUAAACAACAAUAUCAUCAAAGAUGAUUCAGUUCCGCUGUUAGAGAAUUCACCAGAGGAAGCAAAAGACAUUCCAGAAGAGCCCAGAAGUAUAUCUGAACCACCAUCCUUGAGUGAAAGUAAACCAAAGCUCAGCAGUGAACAGCGUCGUGAUUCUCUAGAUGAUUAUGUUACCAAAAGCAGGUAUGAGGGAUAUAUUCCAAGGUUUAAGGAGAGAGUGAGUCCAUUUGGAUAUGUGAGGGAUUCCCUGGAUGUGAGAAGAAAUUCAACUAAAAGUCCUUUAUUCACUCCUACAAAACAAGACAUUGUGGAGAGGGAGAAAAAUGAAAAUCGCAAUGAAAAACUGACAGUUCCUACAACUGAAAAUGUCUCCUUGGUGUCACCUAACACAGCAAAGAAGCAAAUUGAAAAGAGUCUAAAGGGGAAAGAUAAGGAAAAGGAAAAAGAUCUAAUUCGAGAAAUGGUAAUGUCUAGAAUAUCACGCAAAACACCAGACAAGAAUACAAGAAGAGGAUCAAGAACAUCUAUUAGUCCACUCUCAUCCACAAGUUCACGUACUUCACUCUUUAGUCCUCAGUCAUCUCAGGAGAAUUUGCUUGAGAAGGUUGAUACACCAGUAAAUGGAAGUACAGAUAACAUAACCAAUGGAGAAGUGCCAGAAAAGAAGACCAUUCAUGCUGACUGCAAGAAAUUGCUAAGGUUAGACACGAUAACGUCAGACUUACCUGAAAGUGGCGAUACAUUUGAUGCUGAAGAAAAGAGGAUGAAGGUCAGAGUUGGGGCUGCAUUCAGGCAAGACAGUGUCUUGGGCAGUGGUGCCAAGAGAAGCAUCUCGGAAGUUAGUGGAGAUCUUCCUGAAAGUGGACAGACUUUCCAAGCUGAGGAGAAUAGAUCCAAAGUGCGAGUUGGUGCCAUGUUCAGAGAGGACAGUGUUCUUGGAACUGUAGGGAAACAUGGAAGUCUCCAAGAUGUAAAUGUACCAUUUGCUGAUGAUAGCCAAGAUGAAGAGGUGUUUGUAUUAAAGGAAGAUGAGAGAAAUAUUGUAGUAUCAAGUAAAAAAGUUCCAAAGAGCCCCAGGAAGGAAAAGUCUCCAAGGAAGAGCUCUCCAAUUAAAGAGGUCCCAAGCCCAUCUCACAACAACCUUCCAGCAACACCACUAACACAUCCAGAGCAGUUUGACCAACCUUGUCCAAAGCGAGAGCUGUUCAAGGUGCCUACGACGAUAGCUCCAACACCACCUCCAAGGACACAGCAUGCAGCUUCAUUAAAGGGAAUGUAUACUCCAAUAGGUGUAGAGAGACCCAUUUCAACUCCAAAUUUAAGUACUGUUGAACGAGAAAAGGUCAGAGAAGAGGCUAGGCUUCGUGCCAAAUUGAAGACAGACUUAGACCUAGGGUUAAGUCCUCCUAAUUUGGCUGAUAAUUUGCGAGAAAAGCUUAAAAAGGGAAGCGUGAGUGAGAGCGAAUGUGACCGGGAAGAUCAUGUCAAAGAUUCCUUAUUAAGAACAAACACAACUUCUAAGGGAGAUGAAGUGAGAGCUAAGGACAAAGAACAGCAUGUAAGAAAAGAUGCUCCUGUCAAAGGAGAGGAAUCUAGAACGAAAGAUAAAGAGGAACGAGUAAGAGAGUUGCUUGCAGAACAGCGAGAGCAUCGUCAACGUGAACCUGAGGGCAAGAAGGAGGAAUGGUGCAACAAAGAUGAUCGUGUCAGGGAGAGGCUGGAAGAGUACAGACAGAAACGAAGAGGAAGCACCAAGAGCUCUGAAAAUGGAGAUUCACGCCCCAACAGCCAGUUACUGCGUAGAACCACACACCGGCCCUCUCUUCUCGAGCUGGAGUCACUUCAAGUCUUCACCUCCUCACCAAGCAAAGGUUCUGCUCCUACAACAACCUUAUCCACCACCAAUACAACACCAAGCAUCAGCUCAUCAUCUUCUACAAUUACCAAUGCUCCAAGUGAUCAGAAGUCCAUAUCAAUAACAUCAGCACCCGCAGCUGUCAUGUCAACAACAGCACCAUCUAGCAAACAGGUUGAAGACACACCAGCAUCAGAGAAAACACAGGAGAAAAAGUCAGGAAAGAAAUCAAAGGAUCGGGAAAGGAGGCGCAGUCUUAUACAAGUGUUUACAGGUAUGUUCAGCAAAUCAGGGGAUGAGAAAAAGAAAAAUGAGCAGCAGCAACACGGUAGUGAUGUCCAAGACAGUGGAAGCAAAGCAGCGGCGCAGCAGACCAACGUAGCCCCUGCUGAGACUCCCAAGUGUGCUCCCAAGAGUCCAUCUAGUAUGAGGGACAAGCUCUCAAAGCUGAGACUCUCAAGAUCCAAGGAAAAGAAAGCGGUUGAGAAGGGCAGAUCUACCAGUGCUGACAUUCUUGAUGACCGUGGGAGCAGUGACGAUACCCGCUCUGCCUUCUCCCUCCCCACUUCUCCCUCCCGCCGUCCACUCUCCUCCCUAACUUCCCCAUUCACUAAAGCCUCAUCACCACCUCAAGCAUCAGGAUCUGCAUAUUCCUCCUCUCCCCAAGUGCGUCUCGCCACCCCGAGAAUCGAAGAGGAAUCUCUUUCGGAUGAUGACGGUGGUAGUCCAGCUGGAACACCAAGUGGUACACUGGAUCGAAGCGGCCAGGUCCCCGGCUCCAACUCAGCCAGCCGCAGACAGCGAAAUGCGGCACUCAGGGCAGCGCGGCAAGCAGAACUAAAGAGGUUGAGAAUGGCACAGGAGAUCCAGCGGCAGUUAGAAGAAUGUGAAGUGAAGACGAGAGAACUGGAGGAACGAGGAGUAGCUGUGGAAAAAGCAUUACGGGGAGAAGGUGGGGGAGUGAAUCGUGACGAAGCUGAGCUCAUGGGUGACUGGUUCUCCAUGGUCCACGAAAAGAAUGCCCUCGUCCGAUGGGAACAGGAACUCAUGGUCCGUGCCAAGGAGCUGGAGCUGGAGGAUCGGCACGUCAGACUAGAGCAUGAGUUGAGGCGGCGCAUGGCUCUCUCUGAACAUGAAAAGUCGCGAGAAGACAUUGACCGAGAAGGUACCAUACUCGCAGAAAUCCUGAACAUCCUGGAGCAGAAAGAUGCCUUAGUCAACAUGCUGGAGGAGGACAGACAGAGGUGCGACCACAGCCACCACCAACACCACCACUCGAACAAAAACCCUUCCCCCAGCACCUCAGACACCAAUGAAAAGCUUCCCCAAAUCCAUAUAACCAACCUGCCUUGCAACCCAAUCGAGUGUUCCCCCACCACUGCCGUCUCACCUCCUCACUUGACUACCAUUCCUCAGAGCUUUAAAGAUUCACACACAGCCAUCGCAUCCUUUUCUAAGUUGUCUUCCCUUCUACCCGCUAACAACAAAGGACUCUUGACAUCCUUGUUGAACCCAGACUCGAGCCAGUGCUCUAGCUUGACGUCAGUGCUGCAUGGUAGCUUAACUCCUUCCUCAGGUUCUUCCCAGAGCUCAGCUAACGUUUCUGUAGCUUCAAGCAGGCGCUCUAGUCAGUUUGAUCAGUUUCCACAGAACAGCAAGCCAAGUGUCUUUGAUAUAGAUCCAUGUAGCAGAAUGUGCACGCAUGCUCAGCACGCUCGAAGGAAGGUGAACCUUUUCAGCAGACUAAGCCGUGUAAGGCGCACAACAUUACCUGACCUUAGCCCAGGAGAUGGGGAGCCUUUUUCAGACCCGCCACUGCACUAUCGCCGCUAUAGCCUUUCCAUCCAAGUCCCGUAUCGCAUGCCAACUACCAACAGGGGUACAUGGAAGAGGACCGAGACCUAGAAUCUGUUAUGCUUCGGAAAGGAUUACAACUCUCGCCACUAAGAAGGGAAACGGGUGUAUGAACGCGUUGUAAGCAAAUGCAGUCAACUCGUCUUGUGCAUGAUAAGGUGCUGAUAAGAUAAAAAGUUAGAAAGGCUGGCAAAGAUAAGUUUUGGAGAUUGUUGCCCUGGUGUUAUAUCUCAAAAACUAAAAACUGUUCGGUUAUUUUCCUCUUCAAGCUCGUUGUGUCUAUAGCCCUUUUAUAAUGCAGACAAAAAGAUGUUCUUCCGUUUGUGUUUUGGUCAUUUUAUUUUUUUCCAUCUCUCUCACUCAAAGAACUGUCGGUGGGCACUUUCAGAUGCUUUUUCAUGCAUCAGCUUUGGGAACUUCUCAUUAGUAGUAGAAGGUAGGAUUCACAUUUUAUGUCUGAAUAAAUGGUUUAAUUUUAGGUUUCAUUUUACAAUUUUAUUGUAUUUUUGAGGUUGACCAGUGAUAACGUCUAUAUGUGUACCCAUAUGUAUGUAUAUAUAUACAAUGUAUGUGUUUAUGUACAUAUAUAUGUUACCGGUUACCAUAUAUACAGUUUUGUAGUUACAUUUUAAUUGUCUACAAUUACUUGUUGAGUCAGUAUUGAGCAAGAGGUAAUUUUGCAACUUUGAGGCUGUACGAAGUGUCAUUUUCCAGACAAUAAUUUUUUUUAUUAAAAAAAAUAAAGACGAAAAAAUUUAAGCUAGCAUUUUGUUCUUUGAUCAUACUUAGAUUAAAAGAGAGGGUAUGAGAAGUUUUGCUGUUCCUGAUGUUGUAGCAGUAUCAUCUAAUAGUGCUUUAAGAAAGGCGUUUAUUGCUAGAAAGGUGCAAAGUUGCUGGUGAGAGAAGUACCCUAAAGUGUGAAGAAGCAGACCUGUUUAAAUAGUAAAUAUAUUCAGUUUGUACAUAGCCCUGUUGCCACAUCUGGCUGAGGAAUUUUUUUUUUUUUUUUCUAAACUAAUAUAGCUGAUCAUUACACUGUAUAUGUAAUUAUGAAGGCAAUUGGUUGAGUUUUGUUUAAAAUGGUGCCUUUUAUCAUAGGGUCAGCAGCAAAUAUAUGUGUAUAAUUGUAAACUUAAAGCUGCUUCUGACCUUUGAUCAUUUGCAGAUCCAUUUAAUUUUAUUUGAAAGGCCAUAUAUGAUGGUCUGCAGCUGUUUAUUGGGUCCAUUUUAGAUAAACAUACACAGGCACAGACACACAUAUGCUCAGUGAAAAUUUGGGAUUACUUUCGUUAAUUCGUCAACACACCUGUAUGGGCAAAUAAAAGGGUACUUGAUCAGUGUACAGUAGACGGUUUUAUUUUUUUUAUUUUUUUUUUUUAUAUAUAUAUGUAGUCUCGACCAAAUCCAGAAUCUUUACUGGCUUGUUUUAUGGUACUGAUAUUAUUCUCAGUGGUGUUCUUACAUUAUUCUAUUUAUUUGUUACAAGUAAUUGCUCUCUUAAUUAAUAUGUAUGUUAUACUUGAAAUGACUGUAACUGUCAUAAAAUAUAUUUUAUAAGGGAGCAUUUCUUUAGCAACACUACAUUGGUAUAAUUAAAAUUGUACUUUUUUCUACUUUGAAGUGUAGCUUUAAUUCAUGCAUUUGUAAAUAUAUCAACUCUGGUAUAGAAGAAAAUCAUAUUGCAUGAAACCUACUUAUUUUAAGGCAGUAUGUUAUUACUGGAAAAAGAAAUGGUUUCUCAGAUGAGGAAUGAAGUGAUUUUAUUCUUCUUAAAAAGAUAAACUUUUUUCUUUUCUUUUUUUUUAUGUGGAUAGACAAGAUAAAUAGGAAAGAUCCAGCAGGAUAGACAAGAAAGUGUGAGUGUGAUAUAGCAAGAAUGUUGAGUAUGCCAUCAGCUGAUGUUAAAUGAUGGGAGAGCAAAGGCUUCAAUUUAUUUCCUUGUAUAGAACAUUUUCUUAUUAGUCUUUGCUUUUAUUUAAUAUUCAGGUCUGUAAUGAUUCAAUUCAUAGAUAUUGUAAAUUUGCAAUGAUUUUAUUUAUAUAACUUUUUUACAUAUUUCAUUGUAUCAUGUACAGUGCAAUGAUGUUAUAAUUGGCUACUGUUUCAUACUGUAUCAUUAUUUACCAUGGUGCUCUUAGUAAAUAAAAUCUUUGA